CUCGCCUGGGUGCCGUCACAUCUAUCGCUGGAGGAGGCGGUGGAGCGCGGACUGGAUGGCACGCGCUGGCCUGGCAACUUCUGGGCCGCCGUCUUCGCCGCGUUCGCGAUCGCCGAGCUCCGGUCGCCUGACAGCGACGGCUGGAACUUGAGCUGCUGGUUGCAUCUGCCCGGCAGACGGCGCGGUUUGGCGUUUGGGCUGCCGGCCGCGUGGCUGAGGCUCAACGCGACGGCGUGCCACGCCACGCGGCUCGGGUGCUUUCGGACGGUAGCAGCAGCGGGCAUCGACGCCAUCACGCAGGCAGGCUCAGCCUCCCAGCCGUAG